ACAAUAUCAAGAUGGCAUGAAAAAUAAAUGUAUAAAUCGGUGUCAAACAAUUGUUAACUUAUCGGUUAUUGUCAAGUUUAUGGUAAUUUAUUGCGAGAUUUCAACUAUUAUAUUCACACGAGAUGCCUUAUUUAAAGAAAAAUGCUGCUGCAAAUCUGAGGACACAGAUUUGCGCUUUGUAUAAUGCCAAUGGUGACUGGCGUAAUCUUGCAAACGUACUACAGGUGCCAAAAAGAACCGCGUAUCGAUGGGUUAACAACCAAGAACAACCGGAAAAGCAGUGAGGAGGUAAACGUAGAGCUAAAAUAACUGAUGAGCACCGUCAAUUCAUGGAACGUUCAGUCGAAGAAAAUCCUAAAAUUACUCUUAAAGGACUGAGUGAAAAAAUCCGUGAAGAUUUUGCACUCAAUGUCUCCAACGAAUGCGUUCGACAGCAUCUCAAUGGAUUGAUGUUUACUUUGAAGACUGCUCGUAGAGAACCAGAGAACGCGAAUAGUAUUCAAACGAAAACAAGCAGGAGUAUUUAUGUAGAAAAUUUAUUGGAUCUUCAAGCACAAAAUAUACCUAUCAUAUACAUGGACGAGACAAACUUUAAUUUGUUCAUAUCGCGGACUCAGGGUCGUUCAAAAAAAGGGACUCGCUGCACAACAGUGUCUGCAGGUUGCAGAGGGUCGAAUAUUCACCUAAUAGGAUGCAUUGGAAACAUGGGGCUAAUUCAUUCCGAACUACGUCGGGGCUCUUUCAAGAAGCCGGAAGCAAAUGAAUUUGUGAGGCAAUGCCUAAGAAGAGCGCAAGGCCUUUACCAAACUGGAGUUGCAUUACUUAUUGAUAAUGCUCCAUGCCACUCUACUAUUGAAGAGGUUUUUGCAGAAAACGAAUUUGAACACCACACACUUUUACGACUAAGUCCGUACAGCCCUAUGUUUAAUCCUAUUGAACAAGCGUGGUCUGCAUUAAAAGCAGGAGUAAAAGCAGAUAUGGCUGUACAGCUAAAUAACAUCUUGGCUGGUGCUGACCGGGAUCAUCUGACUCAAACAGAAUAUCGAAUGCAGAAAUUAGAGAACACCGUUCAUAAUAAUAUGGACAAGAUUACUGUUGCCAAUUGCGCAAUGUUUAUUGCCCACAUCCAACGAUUUAUCCCUUCUGCAUUGAAUAUGCAAGAUAUAAAUUUUUAAGAGUGUUAUUUAAAACAUAACGUUACCUACUUUCUUAAGUAAUAUAAUUGUUAUCUACUGUGUUUGUAAGUCAAUGAAAUGUUUUUGCCCAUUUUAUUUUAUUUAAUGCUGAUAUAUAAUUUUAUUUCCAUGUCAAUUUAAAAUUCAUAAAUGC